AUCGACAAAAAAUAAGAAAAAAAAAUGGCUAACACCCCAAAAAUUCUAAUCGCAUUUGUUUUCAGUGUUAUUUUCAUCAUAUCUUAUGUUCAUUGUCAUACAACAAUUGCAAGUGUCCCAGCGGGUGGACCAACAUACGCAACAGGUCCUGAACUUGCGGAUUCGGAGUACCCGCACAAGCACGAUGGGACUUGCUUCGAUACACCAGCGUGUUAUGCCCCAGGCCAAUAUGAAAUAGGUUGCAUUGUGUACUGUCACGAAGCCCAUUAUAAUCAUUACAAAUGUAUCAAAAGAACAUGUUGUUGUUAUAAUAGAGAUAAGAAUGCGUCCACGGUCAAAUAAUCCAACGAAAAUGUAAUUGUAUCUACAUGAAAAAAUAAUCAUCUGUUUUC